AAAGGUUGUACAAUAAGUUCCAACCCAAAGCAUGGAUAAAAAGGCAAGCCAAGUUUCACCUCUAGAUAAUGAAGUAAGAAAAGGUCCUUGGACUAUGGAAGAAGACUAUAUUCUAAUCAACUAUAUUGCUAAUCAUGGUGAAGGUGUUUGGAACUCCCUAGCUAGAUCAGCAGGCCUAAAACGUACGGGAAAAAGUUGUCGACUUCGAUGGCUAAAUUAUCUAAGGCCAGAUGUUCGUAGAGGUAAUAUAACUCCGGAUGAAGAGUUAUUGAUCAUGGAACUGCAUGCUAAAUGGGGUAACAGGUGGUCAAAGAUUGCAAAGCAUUUACCAGGAAGAACAGACAAUGAAAUAAAGAAUUAUUGGAGAACAAGGAUUCAGAAGCAUCUAAAGCAAGCUGAAAGUAGCAGUAAUUCAAGACAUGAAAUCAGCUUAAGCUACUCUUCUGAUAACAACAAUAAUAAUAAUAAUAAUAGUAAUAAUAAUAAUCAUGAAAUUAUUCCAACUACUAAUUCUGUUUCUGCAUUAUCUACAAAUAAUAUUCAAAACUACGUCGUUUCAUCUUCAAAUGAUCAUGAUCAUCAUCCACCUUAUCUUCCUUCUAUGGAUAAUCCGUCUUCGUAUCAUCAUCAUCAUCAUCAUCAUCAUCAUCAUCAUGAACAAGCCAUGGAUCAAAUAAGCAACAUUGGACCUCCUCAAUUGCAUCCUGAUCAACCUUUCAACUGGGAGACCACUGAAGAAGACCUUUGGUCUAUCCAAUUAUUUAAUACUUAUAAUAACUAAGUAUUAAUCAUGCAUGCCCUUUUCUAUUCUUAUUACUCU